UGUAACCACUACAGAAUCUAUGUCAGUCAGUGGUCAAUGUUCGUUAGAGUUAUGGGGUUAAGUUUAGUCCUAAUCUAGUCCUGUUUUACAUGUUACCGUUACAAGUGUGGCGUGCUGUCUGUUUUCAUCCUACUGCGACAGUUUUAUUCGUACGAAGAUCAAUUCGACAUUCGUUUGCGGGUGUAUACAGUCAGUGAUAUCAAGCCGCGGUGGAACUUUUCAUCAUGAUGACAGAAAGGGACAUUAGCUUAUCCAGUACCGUCGUUUUGAACGAUGGGGUAAAGCUGCCUAUAUUUGGACUAGGCAUGAACAAGUUAGAUUCAGGAAAAGCUCUACAGGUGGAGAGUGUCGUCGAGCACGCCUUGUCUACUGGUUACCGUUUAUUAGACAACGCAGAAUACUACGAAAACGAAACAGAGGUUGGCCGUGCUAUUCGCAGGAGUGACGUCAGUAGAAAUGACCUUUUUGUUGUGACAAAACUUUGGGAAAACGGCUAUGAUCGAUGUAAGAAUCAAUUUAAGAAGAGUCUAACAAAUUUAGACCUCGAUUACGUAGACUUGUACCUCAUCCAUAAUCCAUCUUCUACACCCGGGAAGUGUGUUGAGACGUACAAGGCCAUGCUUGAACUCAAACAGGCGGGACUAGUCAGGUCGGUCGGUGUGUCUAACUUUGGGGUACAUCAUCUCGAAGGUUUAAGAGAGGCGGGACUUCCAACUCCGUCUGUCAAUCAAAUCCAGCUUCAUCCUUGGAAGAAGAAUACAGAUAUUGUUGAUUAUUGCAGACAUAAUGGAAUCACUGUCAUGGGCCAUUGUCCUUUAACGAAAGGCAUUAAACUGUCCGACCCAACGCUAAAAGAUAUUGCUGAAAGGCAUGAGAAGUCACCGGCACAGAUUUUAAUACGAUGGAGUUUAGAGCACGGAUUCAUAACCAUCCCCAAAUCCUCGAACCCCAAACGGAUUGGAGAGAAUUCUGAUGUAUUCUCAUGGAGGCUGGAUACUAGGGACCUCCAGAUACUGAACGCUAUGCCUGAUUGGUCAUGUUCGACCUUUAACGCUAUCCAAACCCCCUGGAGCGGCUGAGGUCGGGAUAAUACAGUAAAUCAAUCUAAUGACUGGAUACAUUACCUGUACCUGAUGGAUAUUACUACCUUAUGAUGAUAAUGGUAACAAGUCCCGUCUACCUGUAGAUACCUGGACACAUUACCUGUAUCUGAGGGAUGAUAAUGGUAACAAGUCCCGUCUACCUGGAGAUACCUGGACACAUUACCUGUAUCUGAGGGAUGAUAAUGGUAACAAGUCCAGUCUACCUGGAGAUACCUGGACACAUUACCUGUAUCUGAGAGAUAUUACUACAUUAUAUGUACCUUAUGAUGAUAAUGGUAACAAGCCCCGUCUACCUGGAGAUACCUGGAUAUAGUCCCUGUAAAUGGAAACUAUUCUGAAUGCAGCCGAAUUUAUGAAAAUUAUGUAAAAAUCCAAGUUUGAACAAAUUAGUGGAAUUACUUUCUACAAAUAGUCCCAAAAAUUGACAAGUUUGGGUUAAUAUUUAAAGAGCUUGCAAAUAAGGUUAGAAUUAUUACCUCAAUGAAAUAUUUCGCGUGUACACAUACUUUUUAAUAUGUAAUCACUUAUCAUAAUACAUGCAAUUAUGAAAUAACGAACACAUAAACACACUCUCCAAUCAUUGAUGUGUAUUAGCCGUUUCAUGGAUGAAUCUGUAUAUAUGUACAUAUGUAUUUGUGAAAUCUACUAUAUUUCUAUAUAUGUCUGUACUCUAAACUGGUGAGCAAAUAAGAUCAAAGAAAUUAAGAAUUUGAAGUAAAAGUCUCCAUCAAAAGAUCGGUCUCCUCGUUAUGGUGACAGUCCACAAUCGUGAAAAACCUUGAUGUACACUUUGAUAGCACUCUGAACAUGGCGAAAUAUGUCGCAACAUUGGGUGUGUCCGGCAGUUCAUCACAACAGUAUGGCAAGCCAAAUUGUCAUUUGUUAAUGGAGCGAUG